CCCGAGCUGAGAGGUGCUUGCGAAACUGCAGGCGGCGGCGGCGGCGGCGACAGCGAAAGCGAAGGAAAAAUCUCAAGCUGGAGCCGGGGCCCCAGAAUCCUGGCCAUCCACUUAGAACUUUUACAGGUCGCGCCGUGAGGGCUCCGCUCCGCCCCCUUUGCUCCCAAGUCCUCACGCAGAACAGGGCUUUGCCUUUCCCGCCGCAGGAAGGGAAAAUAGGGGAGUUGCAAGCAGCAGCAGGUGCAGAAAGACGGGGGUCUCUUGCUUCCUAGAAUCGUGACUGGUGCAAUUCUUUUCCUCUUCCAAUUUAACGCAGGAGAGACGCUGUCUCCAGAUUUCUGAACUCAGACGCUUCCUGAAGCUUGAAAGUGGAGGAAUUCAGGGGCAGACAGCAGCACAUCUUGAAGUGUUUAUCUUCUGAGCAGCAAGCCCUGCUUCCAAAAAGAGUUCUGCCAAGAAAGAGCCUUCUGCCCUCUUGUCUGACUUAAGCUGGACCCUGAGCCUCAAGGGCCUGCCUCAAGACUCUCCUGCAAAGGGGGUGUGUGUACAAAGAGGAGGACUUUACCGCCUACCUGCAAAAUGGACAACGUCCUUCCGAUGGACGCAGACCUCUUCCCAAACAUCUCCACUAACACCUCAGAGCCCAACCAGUUCGUGCAACCAGCCUGGCAAAUUGUCCUUUGGGCGACUGCCUACACGGUCAUCGUGGUGACCUCCGUGGUGGGCAACGUAGUGGUGAUGUGGAUCAUCUUGGCCCACAAGAGAAUGAGGACAGUGACCAACUAUUUCCUGGUGAACCUGGCCUUCGCAGAGGCCUCCAUGGCUGCAUUCAAUACAGUGGUGAACUUCACCUACGCUGUCCACAACGAGUGGUACUACGGCCUGUUCUACUGCAAGUUCCACAACUUCUUCCCCAUUGCUGCUGUCUUCGCCAGUAUCUACUCCAUGACGGCUGUGGCCUUCGAUAGGUACAUGGCCAUCAUCCAUCCCCUCCAGCCCCGGCUGUCAGCCACAGCCACAAAAGUGGUCAUCUGUGUCAUCUGGGUCCUGGCUCUCCUGCUGGCCUUCCCCCAGGGCUACUACUCAACCACAGAGACCAUGCCCAGCAGGGUCGUGUGCAUGAUCGAAUGGCCGGAGCAUCCCAACAAGAUUUACGAGAAAGUGUACCACAUCUGCGUGACUGUGCUGAUCUACUUCCUCCCCCUGCUGGUCAUCGGCUACGCGUACACCGUGGUGGGAAUCACGCUGUGGGCCAGCGAGAUCCCCGGAGACUCCUCGGACCGAUACCACGAGCAAGUGUCUGCCAAGCGCAAGGUGGUCAAAAUGAUGAUCGUCGUGGUUUGCACCUUUGCCAUCUGCUGGCUGCCCUUCCACAUCUUCUUCCUGCUGCCCUACAUCAACCCGGAUCUCUACCUGAAGAAGUUCAUCCAGCAGGUCUACCUGGCCAUCAUGUGGCUGGCCAUGAGCUCCACCAUGUACAACCCCAUCAUCUACUGCUGCCUCAAUGACAGGUUCCGCGUGGGCUUCAAGCACGCCUUCCGGUGCUGCCCCUUCAUCAGCGCCGGCGACUACGAGGGGCUGGAGAUGAAGUCCACCCGCUACCUCCAGACCCAGGGCAGCGUGUAUAAGGUCAGCCGUCUGGAGACCACCAUCUCCACAGUGGCGGGGGCCCACGAGGAGGAGCCGGAUGACGGCCCCAAGGCCACACCCAUGUCCCUGGACCUGACCUCCAACGGCUCCUCGCGCAGCGACUGCAAGACCAUGACAGAGAGCUUCAGCUUCUCCUCCAACGUGCUGUCCUAGGCCACAGGGCCCCCGUAGGUGCAGCACCCCCGCCUUUGUCCUGCUUCACUCCAUGCAUAGAUGCUUCCUCGAGAUGGAGACCAUCAGAAACACCCUAACAUCCGGGCUGUGGAAAGGCUCAGAGAACACAUUCCAUCCUAGAGCCUAAAAAUCUGGAUUCCUCCCUGUCUUCACCACCUCCAUGCUGUGUGACUCAAACCACAUCACUGAGCUUUGCUGAGCCUGUAAAAUGAGAAAGUUGGACUAGAUUUUCCCUAAAGCCCAUUCCAUGACUCCAGAAGUGACUUUGCAUGUGGGUGCUCAUUUCGGGAUGAGUUGUGCAGCGCAGCCACAGACCCAAUGGACCCAUUUGUCUGGAGCCCUGUCUGACUUCAAUCCUGUUGCUCUCAGUCACACUCAGACAGCUCCCUGCGGCUGGUGGCUCACAUCACACCAGCCUUCACCUGACAGCGUAAACAAAAGAAGGCUGCGCAGAAGAUGUGAAUGAGAGAUUUAACCCUGUCUUCUAAGCAGAUGUGAAAAGAUGUUGAUUCGUCUGACCCUUUUUGACAUCUCAGUAUUUCAAUAUACUUAAACAUCGUGGGAUUGAGAGCCCAAGUUCUUCUGCAGUAUGUCCCCAGUGACAGUCCUGAGCAACCAAUGCAGGCAGAACAUGUCCACUGGUACCUGCUAAUGUCUGUUACAGACUGAAAAUCAGGAGACUUGCACCACACUUAAUCUGUCUGAGCCUCUUUCCUUAUUUGUAAACAAUGGAGCUGAACUAGAUAAUCAAAACAUCCUUUGGAAUAUUAACUUCCCAUGGUUCAAUGAUUGUAUGAGUUUUUUUGUUUGUUUGUUCCACCAAAAAGAUGGUGGUCUCAGAAACAAUAGGAGCAGUAAGUCUCAUGACUAAUCCCCAGUUCCUGGAGAUGUAGCCACUGCUAAGACCAUGUGUAACUAUCCAUCCAGACAUUAUCUGGUUUAUCCUAAAACUCUGAGUACCGUCCUUCUCCUGGAAGGUUUUGACCUUUGACAAUGUGGAGAACUUCAUGCCAAAGCCUGCAUCUCUCCAGCAGGCUUCAGCUGGCUGAUUUACAUAGCUGGAGAACACUGUCAAGGAGUACGAGCAUGUGGGCUUCCUGCUCUGGCCUUUUGGGUAUUUUAGGGCAGGGGCCCCAACCCAGAUUCUUAACUUUCUACUACCAUAAGGCUUGUGCUCAGACACGAAAUGAGCAAGGAUGCCGCACCCUGCAGCUUCCCACUUCUGGGAAGAGGGCGCGUUGCAUCUUCCUUUCAGAUCUCUGAAUCUCCCUUUCCUGCCCCAUGGCUUCGCUGGCCUCCUGUCUAUAAGAUAGAAUGACCCACAAACCCUAAAGGACAGUCAGUCUGAUGAGAGCCAUGAACUGAAUGCUCAGUUCCUAAUACAGCUUUGGAGAUUCUGGAAAGUGAGAAUGCAGUUUCCUUCUGUCUCUCAGAUCUGUGCUUUGUCCGGACAUGGGGAAACAGAAGCUUCGUGUAACAUCUGUCAGUAUCCUCCUCAUAGUUUGAAUAAUGGGUGCACAUGUGCUGCAUCCAUAGCAUUAAGGGGAGAAUAAUGCUACCCGCAGAGUUUGCAGCCUUUACCAGCCCUGCUGGCUCUAAUUCUACCAGGCCUGGGGGAAGAAUCAAUAGUAUAAGCCAGAAAACCUUAAGAACCGUAUUCUGCAAAGUAGCAUGGAAAGUAUUAAAUAAAUUAAGUAAAUCCAGCUCAAUGCAGAUCUAUGAAUGGAAGACAAAAUUCAGGGCAACAAAAGUCCAUGCUUAAACAUCAGUAAUACUUCCAAUAGAGAAUCAUGCCAUGUAUGGACUGUUCACUUCAGAAGGGUGUAAAGAACUGACAUGAUUAUGGGAAGCACCUAAGAAGAAAGUGUCAAGGAGUUGGGAACAUCCCACCUAUGGAAGAGAAGGUUAAGGUUGAAUCCAACAAGGUUUUAUUGGGCACUUGCUCUGGACUCCGCCCUGAGCUGGGGACACAGUUCCAUCAGCUCUGCAGAGCCCGCCAUGUUUGCUGUUGCUAACUCCCCAGUCCUAGUGGGUCUGGGCUGCCCAGAAAACCUGGAGGCAUCUGAGGAACAGAUUCUCCACUGGAUUCUAGAAACCCACACUCAACGCAGGUAAUCAAGCCAAAGGCUGGGACCUUUGGAGGGCCUUUGUUAUGAGAGUCCUCUAAGAUCAUUCCAAAGGGAGCCACCCAUCGGCCCCAGGGAACUAAAGGGAUGUGGUUGAACAGCAUCAUCACUGUGCCUACUAAAAGGGAACAUGCGAUGGCCUUGGGCAGUUUCCAGGACGGCAAAACAGCCCUCGGAGAGUGCCAGCAAGCCUUCCUCUGACCCACUCUCCAACGUCCAUUUGACUUAUAAAAAUGUCAUCAGCUCCCAUGUGUGAGGAACACCGUGAUUUGCACUGUGCAUGGGUCUCAUUCUUAUUAUAGAAAUGUGCCACCCUGUGUUUAUCUCCUACGUGUGUUUCCUUGGUGUACUGUCCAGUAGUAAAACAAUAUAAGACACCAGGGGGGGUGUCUGUGUUAUGUUACUUCCAAAAUGUGGGAUCCAAUUGCUGUCACUGUGAUACUUGUGCUGUGCCUGUCUCCUCCUCCUCCUCCUCAUUCUUUCUCAGGGAGGAGCUCCCGUGUACAUCAUGGACUCACCGUCCAUGGACCAUAGUAAUUGAGGGGUGGAGAGGGGGACCUUUAGGGGAAGAACUGGAGACUGAGGGUCCUUAUCCUCCUUGCCCCUCUCCCCCUAGAAGGCUGAGAUGUAAGGACUGAAUGGAACCCUGUGGAAAGGGGAAUCAGGCACUGACCUCACUGGCCUGAUUUCCAUGCAGACGGGUAUAAGUGGAGAGGGAUCAUUCCUGAAGUUUCCAUGUUUUCCAGCCUGGGAUCCUGGAAAGAAUGUCU